AAAAAAAGUCUACUCUAUUUUUUAAAUGCUGUAAUUCAAACUUUGACGUGCAUUUUUUGUUGUUGUUGUUGUUCCUGUGAUUUAGGAUGUCCCAGAUCUUGAGAGACCCUUUAAUAACGCCAAAGAAACACAGGGGGCGUCAAAUCCAAGUGGAGGACAAAGAGAAAGCAGCACAGCAGACCUUGCUGGAACAGUCGCAGCCCGAAGCUUGGCCAGCAUCCCCGCCCAAGGCCUCAACCGGGCUCCCUCCCAGGUCCAACGCCUACCUGAUUAUAGGGUUGCAAAACGAGCUGACCAAAUGUGGGAUCUUGAAGAACAUGAGCGACUACGAGGAUUUCUGGAAACUGGUUCAGGAGGAAGCUCUUGGAAUGGAAAUUAAAGAAAAGCUCCAGAAGAUAAAAUUUAAGUUGAUGAACCCCAGGCCCUGGCCGCCAGCUGCUUCCAGGAGAAGGGAGACCAGGAUGCUGGUAAUCCCUGAUCAAGACAGUGGGGCAUGCCAGGGGACACAGGACCAUCCAGGGAGGGUACCGGAAGCAGUGGAGGACGGCCCUGAGAAGGAGAGAAAAAAACAAGGCCUGCACCAACCUGGCUUGGAUCCACUCAAGCACUCAGGGGACACAGCGAGUCUCCUUGCUCGGCUCACGGAAUGGAAAAAAAGGUGCCGACAGAGUGAAGCUGCCCAGAGGCUGCAUCGAGGACCUGAGGAGAACAAGACUAUGUGUAAGACAAAGACGGAUUCCCAAAGCAAGAUGUAUCUUAGCCGGUUGCAUCAGAUGUAUUCCACCUCCCUUGCUAACAUGGAAUUCUCCAGAAGACUGCUGGAGAGAGAUGGCCGCUUCACAGACAUGGAUGCUGAGCACAGAGCUCGAAGCCUGCUGGAUUGCAUGGUCCCAAUAGGAUGCACACAGGCAGAUGUUCCACCCAGAGAACCAGCGGAGGACGACUCCCUGGCUCGUAGGCAGCAGCCUCCAGCAGGCCCUCCCCUCCGAUUUCUGAAGUGUCAGAGCCCAGGAAGUCCACAGAGAAGUCCCCACCUGAAGACAGGAAGACACCAAGUGACCCUGUGUGGCAUGAGCAAGCUUUCAGAAUGUGAGAGGGGUAUACUUGCUCCUGCCAGGGGGACCACAGAGCAUGUGAGGGGCAAGCUUGCUCCUGCCGGGGUGACCCCAGAUCCCAGACCUAUAGCACCCCUGACUCUUGCUCACAUGAUCCAGACCCAUCCUGUGGUGGAGGCCAAGACAGCAAGUCGAUACUGGGUGAACUAUGUGGAUGAAGAAUAAGAUUUUAUUUUAUUUUUUACAGUCAUUAGAUAAAUUCCAAGCAGGAAAUGACAGCUUUCUUUUUCUUUGGUUCUGCAUUAUGAUAAGCAACGAGGUUGUUAUCUGGUAAAGACGCUCGUGCCUGACAUGAGAUGCCUGGCACUUCAUUCUUUUUAUUAUAAAGGUGACACCAUCAUGCAGAACCCAGACCGUGAAUUCAGAUGAUGGAGACGGUCAGGGUCAGACAGACAGCACAGUGGGCAGCAGCAGCAGGCUGAGCAGACUCCAACAUGAGGCUUCAGCCCAUAGCUAUUCAC